GAGUGAGUGAGGAGGAGGUGAGGCGGGAGAGAGACAGAGAGAGAGAGAGGAGAGAGAGGCAGAGAAGGGGGGCAGCUGAAGACCACGCGCUACAGUCUGAAGAAGGAUCCAGACAUGUCUGAAGGAUCCAGGUGCGCGUGGAUCUGCCGUCCACUGAGGUCCUGGCCGUGGAUGUAGUGACCGACCGCGCGCAGUGGCGCAGCAUGGCGCGCGUAAAGAUGAGCCCGCACGUCCUCCUCAGUGUCCCCGCUUUCCUGCUGCUCCUGACGCGCGGCGGCAGCAGCGGCAUCCACGAGCGCUCGGCGGUGCCGCGCGCCGUGUCCCGCUCGGUGGCCCGCAUGGACGGAGACGUCAUCAUCGGCGCGCUCUUCUCCGUCCACCACCAGCCGUCCGCGGAGAAAGUGGCCGAGCGGAAGUGCGGGGACGUCCGCGAGCAGUACGGCAUCCAGCGGGUGGAGGCCAUGUUCCACACUCUGGACCGGAUCAACGCCGACCACAACUUGCUGCCGAACAUCAGCCUGGGGUGUGAGAUCCGGGACUCCUGCUGGCACUCUUCCGUGGCCCUUGAGCAAAGCAUCGAGUUCAUCCGAGACUCGCUCAUUUCCAUCCGAGACGACAAGGACGGGUCCAAGUGGUGCAUCGAUGGGACUCCUUCCAACCAGCCCCCUCCCAGCAAGAAGCCCAUCGCCGGGGUGAUCGGACCCGGCUCCAGUUCUGUGGCCAUCCAGGUGCAGAACCUGUUGCAGCUCUUCAACAUCCCCCAAAUCGCCUACUCGGCCACCAGCAUCGACCUGAGCGACAAGACUCUCUUCAAGUACUUCCUGAGGGUGGUGCCCUCCGACACCCUGCAGGCCCGGGCCAUGCUGGACAUCGUCAAGCGGUACAACUGGACCUACGUGUCUGCGGUCCACACUGAGGGAAACUAUGGGGAGAGCGGCAUGGAGGCCUUCAAAGAGCUGGCCUCUCAGGAGGGACUCUGCAUUGCCCACUCGGACAAGAUCUACAGCAACGCGGGGGAGAAGCACUUUGACCGUCUGCUGAGGAAGCUGCGAGAGCGUCUCCCGAAAGCUCGGGUGGUGGUGUGCUUCUGCGAGGGCAUGACCGUGCGCGGCCUCCUCAUGGCCAUGAGGCGCCUCGGGGUGUUCGGGGAGUUCCUGCUCAUCGGCAGUGACGGAUGGGCGGACCGUUACGAGGUUGUCGAGGGAUACGAGCAGGAGGCGGAGGGCGGCAUCACCAUGAAGCUACAGUCCGAGGUGGUGAAGCCGUUCGAUGACUACUACCUGAAGCUGCGGCUGGACACCAACACCAGGAACCCCUGGUUUGCAGAGUUUUGGCAGUAUCGCUUCCAGUGCCGGCUGCGAGGCCACCCGCAGGAGAACAAGAACUAUAAGAAAGUUUGCACCAGAAACGAGAGCCUGCAGGAAAACUACAUCCAGGACAGCAAGAUGGGCUUCGUCAUCAACGCCAUCUACGCCAUGGCCCACGGCCUCCACGACAUGCACAAGGAGCUGUGUCCGGGCCAGACGGGACUCUGCGAGGCCAUGGACCCGAUCGAUGGCAGCAAGCUGCUGGACUAUCUCCUCAAGACGUCCUUCAGAGGAGUCUCCGGGGAGGACAUCUAUUUCGACGAGAAUGGAGACACACCAGGAAGAUAUGACAUCAUGAACCUGCAGAACGUGGAGGACGGUCGCUAUGACUACCUCAACGUCGGCUCCUGGCACGAAGGCAUCCUGAGCAUCGAUGACAACAAGCUGUGGAUGAACAGCAGCGACAUGGUCCGGUCCGUCUGCAGCGACCCCUGCUCCAAGGGUCAGAUCAAAGUGAUUAGGAAGGGUGAAGUGAGCUGCUGCUGGAUCUGCACCACAUGCAAGGAUAAUGAGUACGUCCAGGAUGAGUUCACAUGCAAGGCCUGCGAGCUGGGCUGGUGGCCCGACGAGGACCUGGAAGGCUGUGAGCUGCUGCCUCUCAAGUAUCUGGACUGGGCGGAUGUGGAGUCCAUCGUGGCGGUGGUCUUCUCCUGCGUCGGCAUCCUCAUCACCUCCUUCGUCACCUUCGUCUUCAUCCAGUAUCGCGACACGCCGGUGGUCAAGUCCUCCAGUCGAGAGCUUUGCUACAUCAUCUUGGCCGGCAUCUUCCUGGGCUACAUUUGCCCCUUCACGUUAAUCGCCCGGCCCACCGUGGUCUCCUGCUAUCUCCAGCGCCUCCUGGUGGGCCUCUCGUCCGCCAUGUGCUACUCUGCCCUGGUGACCAAGACCAACCGCAUCGCUCGCAUCCUGGCGGGCAGCAAAAAGAAGAUCUGCACCAGGAAGCCCCGCUUCAUGAGCGCCUGGGCUCAGGUCAUCAUCGCCUUCAUGUUGAUCAGCGUGCAGCUCACCCUGGAGAUAACGCUCAUCAUCCUGGAGCCGCCCGAGCCCAUCAAGUCCUACCCCAGUAUACGCGAGGUGUACCUCAUCUGCAACACCAGCAAUGUAGGGAUGGUGGCGCCGCUGGGCUACAACGGCCUGCUCAUCAUGAGCUGCACCUACUACGCCUUCAAGACGCGGAACGUCCCCGCCAACUUCAACGAGGCCAAGUACAUUGCCUUCACCAUGUACACCACCUGCAUCAUCUGGUUGGCAUUCGUGCCCAUCUACUUUGGGUCCAACUACAAGAUCAUUACCACCUCUUUCUCCGUCAGCCUGAGCGUUACCGUGGCACUGGGCUGCAUGUUCACCCCCAAGAUGUACAUUAUUAUCGCCAAACCGGAGAGGAAUGUUCGGAGCGCUUUCACGACGUCUGACGUGGUACGGAUGCACGUCGGGGAUGGGAAGUCAGCGGCCGCUUGUGGGAGCAACAGUUUUCUCAACAUGUUCCGCAGGAAGAAGCCAGUGACGGGAAACGCCAAUUCUAAUGGCAAGUCUGUGUCAUGGUCUGAAUCAGGUGCAAGACACCCUCAGAAGGAGGGGAAUGUGUGGCACAGACUGUCUGUGCAUGUGAGGAAACAGGAAGCCGGCCUGAAUCAGACGGCGGUCAUCCGGCCCCUAACUAACACCCCCGACCCCCACAGCUGCCAGCCCUCCACCUGCAACCCUGGCACAGACCCUCGCGCCCCCCAGGAGCCGGCCGCCGCCAAACCUCUGCACACUCUGACAGACGAAGAGGACGACGACGACUCGCAGCGCCCGCUUUGGAAACCCAGCUGCUCUGGACAGGACACAGCUUUACUGAACAGGUCCAGCUGUACCGCCGAGCGCCUGCAGGGGGCUUUGGUGGACACCCACAGCUCCCACGUCCCGGCGCUGAAUGAGCACAACCCCCCCGCCACUGAACCCUUGACCCUGACACCCUCCCAUCUUCCCUUGGCCCCACGCGUGAGGGGCGAUGAAUCGGAAGACGAAGACCUUUUAAACAGUUACAUGCACGACCCAAAGGAGGAGGAUUUCAAUCCCAACAAACCCGUUCUGGAUGACUCCCUGGCUUUGUCUCCGCCGUCCCCCUUCAGAGACUCUCUGUGCUCUGGGGAAUCCUCCCCCGCUAUUGACUCCAUGUUGGGCAGCCCGUCCAGCUCCGUCUUCAACUCAAACAUGCUUCGAGACUUUGCACACAGCUCCUCGACACUGUGAGAGCGGCACACUUCCUAUCUGCACACGUACGGCGGUGUUUAUUUGAUAGUUACUUCGUUUGCCUGCUUGUGUGAAGUUCUCUGCUUUUAAGGGUUAAUGAAGACUAGCGUAAGGAAAGCACCGACAUCCAUAAGUGCACACAUUUCUGAAGGGCUUUUCGUGCACACAGCCUUUCUGACGUAAGCUAAACUAGUGACACCGUGCCAAAAAUAGUCAGCUCUCAUGCCAAAUUCUGCUUCCAAUCAUAUUGUAGCUGGACACAACCUGCCAUGUUAAGUUUAGGAAAACAAUUUGAGUCAAAACUGACUACAGACGGAUUAUAGAAGAUGCAGCUGGUUAAGGUUUGUUUUUUAUUCUUUCAUUCUCAUUCAAAUGAGGAUUGAUAUUGCAGCACUAAUGUGGAACUAAAACGUGAGGCCUACUUCAUGCUAGCAGGUGUUGCGUCAGCGUGUUGCAUUCAAAGUGGCAGUUAUCCAAAGUGAACACCGAAACACAAGUAAGUAAGAUAUUGUGUAAAAUAGAUUAAAUAUUGGCUUGAGGAGACGUGCCGAAUUGGUGAGCCCAACUUCAGAAGCCAUUGCUAGCAUUCACUUUAAGGUUGUUAGCAACACUUAGAGGGACUUGACCGUUUUAUUAAUCCUCUUUUAGUCCAGCUAGUCUUAUCUCAUGUCUGAAUUUGAGAUUCAACUUCCUCUGGUUAUGAAUUUCUCUGGACGUCUGGCCAUCCGGAGACCACCUUUCACGUUAAGCUGAGAGAUGUACUAUUUUCUCGAGACGUGCCAACUGAUAACAUCGGAUAGGUUUCUUUUUUCCAUUCCCGUCGCUGUCUGGAUUAUAAUACACUCGUAAAAAUUUCAAUAAACCAUUUAGAAGUUUGCACGGGCGGAGUGCUCUUCCAGUGACGUUGCUAUAUAGAGACAGUGUCAUUUUGAUAAACUAUUUACAGGAUUGAUGUUGGAAGACAACGGCGAAACAUUUUGACAUGGACAUGCAAAUGAAGGCGUUGUUUACAUGAAGUGCUCAAAUGUCUGAUGAACUUAAAGAAAAAAACAUUAAAUGUAACAUACAGUAGGAUAUGUAACAGUACUACGUUGACGGUGAGUUGCAACAGAUGUCUUGAGCCGUUUUUGGACUGCAAAUGGAAAAAGGUAAACGUGUAAGACUUCAGUCGACGCCGUAAAUGACUGGCUGCCCCUGACAGAGAAAACUUGUGAAAGUCGAGAAAAUAAUUAUAAAUCUGCACCGGCGAAAGAAAAACCAAUGUUACAAAGCCACGUCAACCAACCCUGUUGUCUCCUUCCUGCGCCCGAGAUGGACAUUCAUGAAUGAAAAGAGGCCAAGUAUUCUUGAAUAUACAGUUCAGCUUUGGCAGCGCUAAAGUGUACCGGUCCUACUGUAGUAAAUCUCUAUAUACAUGAGCAUUUAGCAAUUCAGUGAACAGCUUCUGCCAAUACUAGCAAACAUAUCUCACUCCUAAAAAUUCAUUACACGUUUUUCAAAUUAAGGUUCAAUAAUACAGUUGUGUCAGGUCAUUCAGUUCCCAUCCCAAUAUCAACUUUAUUUUGAUAUUUAUUUUGUUUCAUUAAAAACAAUAGUAAUCACUUUGAAUGUAGUGUGUUGUUUUGCAAUUUAUGCAUGAGUCAGCUCAAUUUUCCUUGCUAAAGACGCUAACGUUAGCAUUGUCCAGAUUUUUUUUUUUUUAGAAUAAUGAAGUAUUGUGAUUACAAUUGAAGAUGAUGACUACAGUAUUCACCUAAUAUUGACAAUACUACUCUUGUAUUUUUUGGUAAUUUUUUUUUUUGUUUACUGUCUUCCUUUCCUGCCAACACGCCUCACACUCAAAAGUAUGACAUUGGUUUCCUCUUUCUUCAUCUUUGCGGGACAGAUUUGGGGCCCGAGCCUUGAGUUAGACCCAUGCAAUAUGAUAAGAAUUACAAACAUCAUUAUGAGAUAUAGGGAACUAUUUUUUGCAACAUUGCAUGAUGAAUGAUGAACUUAAAAUCAAUGAAAAAUUAAAGUAUAUCAGUGAUAAACUAGACAAUGCAAAGGAAAAUAUAUAUUUAUAUAAACCAAAAAUUCGUCACAAAAUUAAAUAAUUCGUCACAAAAGAAGAAUUUGUGAAAUAAUUUGGCAAAUUAAUGAAGUAUUCAUAAACCGCAGCUGCAUUUUAAAAAUCCUCAGUUGAGUAAAGAAGGGAAGAAUAAAACUGCUCAUAAAGGUGUGCUAUCAUUAUACUAAUAAAUAUUUAAAAUGUGCUACGUGCCAAUCAAAGUGGGCGUCAACCUACAUCCUUGCUUUAAAUCUCCAUGACGAUGUAGCUGAUGCACAUUAGCACGAUUGUAGAUGAAACUAAACUCCUUGAUUCAGCUCCAACACAAGUUAUUCCGAGCAUGGGAUGUGAUUUAAGAAAAAAAAAAAGCUUUUAAUGCUGUGUAUCUCAUGUUUUCCAACUUUGCUGUGUCAUUGUAACCGAGAAAAAAAAAAGAACACAGAUUUUGUAAUACGGUUGAGCCAUCUCUUGUUUUUCACACAGGUGGUAUGUUUGUAAUAAAUGUUUCUAUAUUUAGAAUGUCAACAAGAAUUUAUACAUUUUGAACUCGUCCAGGAGCAGUGUGUUCUCGAUGUCGGGGUGAAUUUGAAGUCUUUUUAUCGUAAUAGUAAGCGAUGACUAGAUGCUUCUCGUAAUGAUGUUUGACUCGUUUUCUUAAACCUUUCGAACUACAGUAGUUAACUGCCAUUAAGUUUUAUCAUUAAGGUUAUUUAAGAAGAUACAGUACAUGCUGCAACUGUAUUGUAUUUCCAAAUGUUUGAGUCUGAUUAUAGUGAAGGUUGUUUCAUGAGUUUAGCUGGUGUGUUAAAAUAAAGAAGAAAGUGUUUUACUGCAGUUAUAUAGGUCUUUAUGUUUUUGACCAGCUGUACAAUAAAUUAUUUAUAUCAGAA